CAAUUUACUUCUGUUCUGACAUUUUGCUGAUGUGUUUAUUUUUAUUAUAAAAUAAAAAAUUCGUGUCCAGUUUUUUUCUCAAUAAAAAUAGCAACAAAAUACAUUAAUUCACAAUGCCUCUGAGGUUAGAUAUCAAAAGAAAACUUACAGCCCGGUCUGAUAGGGUAAAAUGUGUAGACUUGCACCCCUCGGAGCCCUGGAUGUUGUGCUCCCUCUACAGCGGAGUAGUAAACGUCUUCAACUUAGAAAACCAACAACUAUUAAAAACUUUCGAAGUAUGCGAUUUGCCAGUUAGAGCAGCCAAAUUUGUCCCGAGAAAAAACUGGAUAGUUACAGGCUCUGACGAUAUGCAACUCAGAGUGUUCAAUUAUAACACUUUAGAGCGAGUGCACAAGUUUGAAGGGCACUCCGACUAUAUCAGAUCAAUUGUAGUGCACCCCACUCAGCCCUAUGUCUUAACAAGCAGUGACGAUAUGUUUAUUAAAUUGUGGAACUGGGAAAAGGCCUGGGCUUGUCAGCAAGUAUUUGAGGGCCAUUCACAUUACAUCAUGCAAAUCGCUAUUAAUCCCAAAGACAAUAACACCUUUGCCAGCGCCUCAUUGGACAGGACUUUGAAGGUUUGGCAGUUAGGCUCCACUACUGCUAAUUUUACAUUGGAAGGGCAUGAAAAGGGGGUAAAUUGUGUGGAUUAUUAUCACGGGGGCGAUAAGCCUUAUUUGAUUUCUGGAGCUGAUGAUCGUUUGGUGAAGAUUUGGGAUUAUCAGAACAAGACUUGCGUGCAAACUUUGGAAGGGCAUGCUGAGAAUGUUACUGCUGUUUGUUUUCAUCCUGAGUUGCCAGUAGUUUUGACAGGUAGUGAAGAUGGUACCGUUCGCGUCUGGCACGCCAACACCCAUCGCCUAGAAAGCAGCCUGAACUACGGUUUCGAACGAGUCUGGACCAUCACUUGCCUGAAAGGCUCCAACAACGUGGCCAUAGGUUACGACGAAGGCAGCAUAAUGGUAAAAGUGGGCCGGGAAGAACCUGCCGUCAGCAUGGACGUCAAUGGCGGCAAAAUCAUCUGGGCGCGGCACUGCGAAUUACAACAAGCAAACCUAAAAGCCCUGCCUGAAGGCGGCGAAGUCCGAGAUGGUGAAAGACUUCCUGUUGCCACCAAAGAUAUGGGGGCUUGCGAGAUUUAUCCUCAAUCAAUCCAGCAUAAUCCUAAUGGAAGAUUUGUGGUUGUUUGCGGAGAUGGAGAAUAUAUUAUAUACACUGCAAUGGCUUUGAGGAAUAAGGCUUUUGGUAGUGCACAGGAGUUUGUUUGGGCUCAAGACUCUAGCGAGUAUGCCAUCAGGGAAUCUGGUUCUACUAUUAGAAUUUUCAAAAAUUUCAAAGAAAAGAAACAGUUUAAAUCUGAAACUUCUGCUGAUGGGAUUUUUGGUGGCAAUCUUUUAGGGGUAAAAUCAGUGGCGGGGCUUAGUUUUUACGAUUGGGAAUCGUUGGAGUUAGUGAGGCGUAUUGAAAUCCAACCCAGAGCUGUUUAUUGGUCAGAAAAUGGCAACUUAGUUUGUCUGGCAACAGAGGAAAGCUACUACAUUUUAUCUUUUGAUGUGGAGCAAGUGCAAAAAGCCAGAGAAAAUAAUGAAGUCGCAGAAGACGGUGUAGAGUCUGCUUUUGAGGUUUUAGGCGAAAUAAACGAGAGUGUGCGUACAGGGCUUUGGGUUGGGGAUUGUUUUAUUUAUACGAAUGCAGUGAAUCGUAUAAAUUAUUUUGUUGGAGGGGAGUUGGUUACUAUAGCGCACUUGGACAGGCCUUUGUAUGUUUUGGGGUACGUGCCCAAAGAUGAUAGACUGUACUUAGCUGACAAGGAAUUAGGAGUUGUCAGUUAUCAACUGUUAUUGUCGGUUCUCGAAUACCAAACAGCUGUAAUGCGUAAAGACUUCACCACAGCCGACAGAGUCCUACCGUCAAUCCCCAAAGAACAUCGAACCCGUGUAGCUCAUUUCCUGGAAAAACAAGGCUUCAAGCAACAAGCCUUGGCAGUUUCCAGCGAUCCAGAACAUCGUUUUGAGCUGGCAGUAGCUUUAGAAGAUUUAACUACAGCCAGAGCAUUAGCAGUUGAAGCUAACAAUCCACAAAAGUGGAGCCAACUUGGUGAACUGGCUGCUGGUACCAACAAUUUGCAAUUGGCCAAAGAAUGUAUGCAAAAGGCCCAAGACUACGGUGGACUUUUGCUGUUGGCUACAAGCUCUGGAGAUAAAACGAUGGUGCAAUAUUUGGCCAAAACUACGCAACAAGAGGAGAAAUAUAAUUUGUCCUUUUUGUCCUACUUGCUUAUAGGCGAUUUACAAAAGUGUUUGGAUAUUUUAAUUGAGACUGGACGGUUGCCGGAGGCUGCCUUUUUCGCCAGGUCUUAUUUGCCCGAUAAAAUAUCCGACGUUGUCACUUUGUGGAAAGAAAAAUUGGCUCAGACCAAUGAGAAGGCUGCUCAAAGUUUGGCGGAUCCUAAACAAUAUGAAAAUCUUUUCCCAGGUCUCACUGAAGCUAUAGCUGCGCAGAAAAUCUUUGAAAAAACCGACCACCAAGUGCCAGCUCUCCAAGCGACAAAAGUAGUUCCAAAUUAUGAGAGAAACCUCAUUGCCGAAUAUCAAAAAUCAGGUCAAACUUCUACUAGUCAACUACUGCCCCCUAGCGUGACGUCAUUGCAACAAGAAGAUGAUGACGAUGACAUUGAUUUAGAUUUAGACGGUGUCAAUUUGGAUGACAAUAUUGACACAACGGACAUAAAUAUUGAUGAUGAUCUUCUCAGCGACUAAAAAAUAGCCCCCCACCAAGUGGACUUAUUAUAAUUUUUAGUAUUAAUAUUCAUUCCUCUUGAAUAAAAAUUAAUUUGUAUAUUAUUUUUUAAGCUUAAUAUUUUGUUUUCUUGUAAAUAAAAAUCUAUAGAACAGAA